CAGGGACGAAAAUUUUCUGAAUUUAUUCAAAUUUAAAACACAUCGUUUCCCGAUAACAGAAAUUGAGACAAAUAAAUUUUUCCAUCUGAAAGAUGAAUUUCCUGAAGGUGCACUGAAUUUUGAAGAAAUUUUCCGAUCAUCCUAUGAAUAUUCUUCGUCGUCUUCCAGUUCUUCAGUUGAAACAUUGGUAUUCAAUCCUGACUGUCGCAACAGCUGUGGCAGCAAAAGCAGCACCACCAUCGAAGCUAGAAGUGAAGCAGACGUAGACGAAAGUGUGGCUAGUGACUUGACAUCAAAUUCUAGUUUAGAUAUUAGUUCAAGUUCUUCGGGUGAAAACGACAGUGAAUUUGAUUUUCUUGAGCGUGAAUGCCAGUGUCAGAGCAGUGACUCUGACAGUGAGAAUGUCGUAUUAGGAGAGCUAGAAGAAAUUUUCAGAAAAUUUGGAUUUAUUUCCCAUUACGAAGAUUUACAUUACCGCGAUUUCAGGUCAAUCGGUCGCUGCUCCACCAUUCACGAAGAAACAGAAAGUGACGGUUCAUAUGGUUCUCUGAAACACAACGUCAUCAUUAAGACAAAGAGCGGCAUGGGCCAGUAUUAUGCCACAGCUGUGGCUCCUGCAGAAGGAACCACUGACUCCACGAAAACUGGAGAACACAGUGAUAGCGACACCACCAUGAUUUCUCCUACCGACGACGGAGAGAAAACGACUGAAGCCGAUAUGCUUCAUGAAUAUGAUCACGUGAACUCUGAGGAUAUGAGAAGUGAUGAUAUUGUCGAUUACAAAUCCGAACAGUUUUCGAAAUCCCCUCGAUCUUCCCCCAAUUCUACUGUGAACAGUAGUUGGAGGACCUCUCAGGCGUCUACCAACACAGCUGAAUCUUCGUCACCUGCCGCAGAUUCGGAUGACACUUUGGGAAAAGACAUGUCGGAAUUAUCUUCCAUUAAUUCCCGGCUUUCGACUUUGAACGAUUCAAGAGACCCAUGUUUCGGAACGCUUGACCGAAAGGCAGUGCAUUCGAAAAAUGCAGAGCUGCCAAAGUCUCAUGAAUCGAAUCUGCUUCCAACUGUAAUCGAGAAAGUCCCUCUGGUAGCCAACUCUGGUUCUCAGUCUAAUUUUUUAACGACACCUUCAAUGAGCCUUCCUGCAACGAGAAAGCCUGUGUCGACAAUCGAAGAUGCAUUGGAAGAUUUAGAAAAUAUUGAAAAAACGGCCCAAAGUAUACUCAUGAAACAUGAAUCAAUUGAGAGUUAUAACAGAGCAGGUUCUGUUACACCCACCAAUAAUCAGAAUGUAGAACAAUUGAAUACCGCCGAACCUCCUAUUUCUUCUUUUGCUUCUCAGAACAUAGAACACGAGGACAUUUCAGUUACCAGCACAUCUCUCGAAAGCUCUAAUCAGACACCAAAUGUAGUGCCGCUGGAAUCUGACAAGAUUAAAGAGCGCGGCGAAACUGCAUCUAACCAUAUUGAAGCUAACGAGGCAAGCGAUUUGAGGGUUGAAAAGGUGUCGAUUGCGAGUGAGGAAACUGCUUUCAAAUUGUCAAAUGAAGCCACGGCCUCCCAAACUCCAACCGCUUCAAUGAUUCCAGAGGUUGAACCAGAGGACGUUGAAAUGAACAAUCACAAAAUGAGCGCCUCGCUCACCGUUGAAAUUGUUGGAGAAAACCGGAAAAGGCCAAGUCCGCCACCUCGAAAAAAGCACAACGCUCGUGGGAAAGAAAAAAAAGAACAGGCCGAUUCGUUUUCGGAAGAGAAACCCCCAUUGCCACCAUCUGCUUCUCCUGUUCCAAAAACUGACGUCAAGAAGCGUUGGUGGUCAAGGACAAAGGAAACUCCAAUUUUUAUCUCUCGUGAGUCAUAUAACGAAGAGCAAGUUUCCAAGGAACUUCAACGUUUAAGACAAAGUUACAAAGAAAGUGACAUAAACGAUUUUUUAGAUUCUUUAGACAACACUAAAAUUCCGAUGGACUACGAUGACGAGUUCUUUGAGCAACUUUUGACUGGAAUCAAGAACGAUCUCGACCCAAUCGCACCCACUGAAUCGACCGAGAGUUUGAACAUUAUAUCUGAGGCUCCGUUACCAGAGAACACAAGCUGCGAAAAUAUUUCAGAUCUAGAAAGAAAAGUUCGCCCGCGCAGCUUGUCUACGUCCAAGAGAUUCGAAAAAGUUAAAGAACGAAUAAAAGAGCUUUUGAGACGCAGGAAAAAGAAAUAUGGCAAAUGCGUAGAAGACCAGCUAGUACCUUCGUCUUCACAGACAUCCGCUACUAAUUCCAGGCCAGAAACUCCUUCUAGUAGGCCUGCGACACCUCGAAGUCGGUCUACCACACCUGAAUGCCGGGUUUUCUCGUCUGACACCACUAAAAUUGAAGAUACAAACAAGAAAAGCUUUGGUAUCUUUGAGUUCUUGAAAAAAUCAUCCCCAAAGGUUUUGCGUAAACAUUACGAUAAAAAAAUGCGGCGCAAAUCCGAUUCUUUGCAAACGUCUGAAAAUGAGGCUGACGAUAAAGAGGCAUUCAUAAUAUCCACUGAAGACAUACAUUCUACAAGGUCUGAAGCGAGUGGGAGUCGAUCUAACCUCAAAGGCAGCAAAACUUCUCUAGAUGAAUCAAAAAGUAUCAAAAAAGAAGUUCGAUUCACGGCUGAUGAAUCGGCCGUUGUGAAGCAUUUCGACGAUAAACCUCCUGAGCACAGCAUUAUUGAUACGACACCAACGUUUGUAGAUAUCAAGGUGACGAAACAGCAGAUUAUCACUGUUGAAGAAACUAUCGAGUUUGAUCAACAACUCGCUGGUCAAGAUGAGGGAAGUUUGAAUGAGGAUGCAUCUUAUGGUUUUCAUGAUUCGAACGAUAGAAACUCAGAACUCACUUUUUCUGUUGAGAACCUGUUGCCUAAACUACCCGAGAGAGUUAAACCUCCAAGACGAAAAAAGAAACAAAAAGUUAUUCCGAGUACUAUUGAAAAUAUCGCUAACGAAGAUUUUCGAGUAAGUAUUGGCUCAGAUCAAUCAAGGGAAAGUUGGGCCACUAAUUCUACUACUAACAUUACAUCGGAAAAUCCGUCUAUACCUGCAGAGGACUCACCUACACCCAAUCAAAACGCGGGUGUGAGCUUUGAUUUUGCCGCUGAUUAUUCGGCUAAGGAAAAUUCAUCGGAAGCUGUUCAGUUUUUAAAUAGAGAAGAAUCAAGUUUGUCUCGAACCGAGGAUAGAAAUGAAUAUUCGUUUAUCGGAAAAGAUGUUCCGCAUAUGCAUGAGGCUGAACCUCAUGGAAAGGCUGAAACACACGUGUCAUCUUCUUGCGAAGAUAAAAAAGAAAUCAGCAAUAGGACCAUUUCUACGAAAAUUACCGAUACAUCGACAAAAAAUAAAUAUAUCGACCAGGACACUUGUACUGUUAAUGAUAGUGUGAAGAUUGAUGUCCAAGCCUCAAACAAAGCUUUGAUCCUUGAUGAAACUUCCAUAAAUGCGUAUUCCAGUGCCAUUGAAGCCAACAGUCUCAAAGAACCAUCACCGCAACCUUUUCCUAAUAUAUGUGAGAACGUAUCAUCAUUUUAUGAUAAUGAUAACAUCUUUGAAGAGCCCAUGUCGAGGAUUGUUGAGGAAGAUGCAUCGUCCAUCUCUGAAGAAGAAAUCAAGCCAAUACCUUUGCUUUCGAUAACUUCUUCAAAACCAGGUAGCGUUUCUCUAACAAGUAUUAGCCAGGCCCAAAAAUCCGAAGAGAAAUGUGAAACAAUUUCAGUUCCUUCCGAUACGGCUAAACUGGAGGUCAAAAAUAAAAAUGUUUCUGAACCUUCACAUGAAUUAUACGACGAAGCAGCUGAAGUUUGUGAUGCCAUGAAGCAGUUUACAUCACAAAAUGAAGAUCCGAAAGAUGUUAAUUGUAAACCACUAGAAAUUGUAACUAAGGCGACACCUCAAGCAGCGAAACUGCAACAGAAUUAUGUCGGAUCAGAAAUAACAUCUCAAGAAGAAUUUGUUUACGACUCUGAAGGUAAAGUUGUGAAUAAAAAUAAAUAUGACGACAUAGACAUUAACGUUCUUUCAUCUAUCACGCAAGAAAUGACCCUUAUAGCAUCAGACAUGGAUCUGGAAAUUCAAAUGGCCGAGAAUAUUAUGAAUGAAAACCCUAAAGCACCAAUUGAAAAUCGUGACGUUUCUCCAUCGACGUUGCACGUACACGAUUCGAGUACACCCGAUAUUAUUUCAAGAAUACAAGUAAAUCACUGUCAACGGAUUUCUGAUACAGAUUUUUCAGAGAUUCUUAAACCAAUAUGCUUUCAAACCGACAAUAAAAACGAGCAUCUACGUUGUGAACCUGAAAAAGAGAAGGACGGAUGGGUUUUCGUCGAAAAAGAUGGUGCACAUGAUUUUCCGAAAUCAUCAAUAACAUCUAGUAAAGGCUUUUACGGUCCUCCUAUAAUAUAUAGCUCAGGUAAAGUUUUAGCGCCAAAUAAACUCGAGUUGGAAUCCAAAGAUGGCUGGAUCCAGACAAGUGAAAAUCCCGUUCCGGUACCUCCUCGGCAGUUUCAGCAAAAGAUGCCUAUGCAAGUGGUUACGGAACUGAAAUCCAUCUUAUCGGAAAAUACAACUGCGCCUAUUCUACGUAAAGCUCCUGAGCCUCUACCCCGCUGGGAUUCCAACAUUAAGUUCAACGCAAUGGCCAAGAAACUACCUGCACCAACGUCGACGCACCAGGAGCCGGCCAGAUACAUGUCAUCCUCCGCUCUUCAACAACUUGGUCUCAACGAAACUUCAUUACUGGGCGAAAUCGAAAACAUCCUCGGUGUUGGUCCCCUUGCCAGUUCAGCUUCUGCACCUAAACCGAGAAUUUCACCGCCUAAAGGUUUCACAUUUACCGAAUUGAACAAUCCUCUUCAACCUGCCAAUUUCAAGGAACCUUCUCCUGCCGUGGAGUACAAUUCAUCGACCGCAUCCAAGUCGAAAUGGAUUCGUACAGAAUCGGGUGGUUACGUCAGGGUUCCAAGUCAAGAAAAUUUGCUGAUUGAUGAUAAAAAUGUCGUCGAGCUGAAACAGCAGGAGCCUACGUCAUCGCCCAAUGUUUCGAAUGACACCACUGUGCCAUCGAAAAGCACAGCGAACUCGUCGAAGCAAACUGUUUCACCUGUCACUACUGUACCUAAGUUUACACCUACGAGUCGCGAUUUCGGUCAGCCAAACCAGUUCACUGCACAAAUCAACAGCCAAACAAAAGCAUCGAGCAAUCAGCGUUCAGUUUCUUUGACAAGACUCGGUGAUAAGUCUGAAAAAGACAAUGCUUUAAGCAGCCAGGAUGGGAAGCUGGAGCAGCAAAAAUUAGAACAGAAUGGGAACAUAGAGAAGCGAGCUCUGCAAAAGGAACUUGCGCCGCCACCCCGGGCUCUCGGUUCGAACGAGAGCGUUGUUGGAGGUGGUGGCGAUGGUUUGCGUGGUCGCAUCAGCGGGCAGUCCGGAUACCCUUACAACCGAACACCGGAGGCCUUCGCUGCAACUAAAGCGGGCUCAGCCAGCCCGUCGCUGGGCCGUAAGGAGUACAGGAGGGUGGCGUACGAUGGCUCUACGCUGCACCGACGGCCUUCUCAGGAGAAUGUAGCAGCACCUCGGCCUGAGGAAAGCUUUGCUUGGAGAGACAAGGAGGCACAGCAGCUGAAGACAUCGCUGCCGCGCUCGCAGAACCCAACAGUCACGCUACUCCAGAAGAAGAGAGAGGGCCACAUUCCCUCUAAGCGACCCGAGUACCUGUCUGGCGACGAGUCUUCUUACUACAAACCUUCUGAUAAAUUGUACACGAUCAAGCGCGAGUAUGAGAGCGAGGACGACGAUACGGGCAGCAGCCGACGCUUCGCCGUGCUGGGGCCCCGCAAGAUCGAUGGCGUGGGCCCCACCACCGUCGACGGCGUGCCUGUCUCUCUUAAAACUGGAGUGAAGUCAGAAUACCAAGGAGACUGGUACCGAAAAAUGUUUGACUCUCUACACAAAGUAAAAGACGACGAUUUCGUGACGGUCAAGUAUAAAGUUCCCCGAGUUCGUUAUGGCAGCAGCGGCUACAUGUCCGAGCCCGAAGGCUAUGACUCCGACUUCGGUCUCUCCUCCCGCUACUCGACGCUGGACAGGCGCGGCAGAGGAGGGCUGGACUGGGACCCUAACGACACACUCUCCAGAAAUGAUGCUGAACAAGGCGGCGCCGAACGAAACGUGAAGCGUUACGUACACCAGCCCGGCCGCAUUGAGGACUACAUCCCAGGACGCUCCUCCCUCUCUGAGAAGGAACUUCGUGCCAAUCCAGAAGUGGAGUAUAAACUCGAGUCCCGCGACCAAGAUCCUCCUAGGGGCUCGAGCAAUCACCGCUACAACCCUGCGCGCAUGCAGAUGUCCCAUGCGCUCAAGGAGGGAGGCUACGAGAGCGACAGCACGCUAGUGUUCCGCAAGCAGAGCGAGAGGCGUCCGGAAAACCGCAACAUCAGCGAGGUGUACAGACAGAUUCAGCGAGGCGGUGAAGUUCCCCUUGAAGGCCUAAGGAAAGCUGCUCCACGCAAGCCUAAAGAUGAUUUCUUCGUAGUCUACUCCGACCUUGAUCUUGGCCUUAGUCAUCCUGCCUUGAGUGACUUGUCCGCAGCAACUCGUGCAUUUUCUUCACCAGCGCUGUCUGCAGUCCAAUCCACCUCUGAAGUUUCAAACGCACCGUCGUCUGAUAAUCCUAAAUCAACAACUGAAAGUUCUUCGGAAGAAAGGUCCAGUCAAAAUUGUUCUAGUUUUUCAGUCGGUGACGAGGCAGAAGACAUGUCGUCCAAACCCAAAGUCUCCACAAAUGCAAAGAUAUCUCCGGCGAGUCCCAAUGCUCCUCGUCGGGUUUCUUCAAAAUGGCAUCCGUCGUUGAUCAAAAUCACGAAAGAUAAACCUCCAGCUGCAAACAUUCGUUCUGUGUCUGCCGAGCGGGUGAGAGCAACUAGGGCCCUUUAUUCUUCAUGGCAUCGUGAAAUGGUGACCAAGUCGAAAGAUAAGUUAUCUCCUGGAAGAGCAACAUUGCACGCUCCUCGAACUAGAGCGUCUCCAUCAUCGACUACACCAAAAACUUUCCUCUUGGGCAGAAGAGCAGUUUCUGAGUCGCGAUUCACGAUUCAAGACAGAGAAUUGUCUCCCUCUCCUGGAAGCAAUGACAAUACUUCCGCAUUGGAUAAAACCCGAAAGUUGACUUCUGUGAAUCGAUCAAAUUCUAUUAAUGUAAAAUCAAUUGAGCCUAAAAUAAGAGAGAAAUCCUGCCUGCUAACUAGUGCAUCACCGCCUCGGAGGCUUUUGUCUCCAAGGAGUGACUCGCCUCGGCGCAAUUCAUCUCCUGUUUCUGAACUUGGCCGUCCACCUUUGUCACGACACACUGUGAGCAGUAAAAUAAAAACCAAGUCAUAUCAAGAGAAAUCUGGUAGCAGUACUUUGGGAAUGCGUAGUCGCAGUGCUGAACAUCCAGGCUCAGCGAGGAUUGCAAGACACAGUUGCUGCAUCGCAUCAACGGAAAAAGAUUCUCAUUCCAAGACGCUUCCAGGAACAAACAAAACUAAAAUUUUGAAUCGACGUGCUCAUCCAACCGAUUCUAAGCGCCUACGUCAAAGUGAGAGUUUUGACACAACACAUAGCAACGAAACUGGGUAUUCAAGUAUGUUGGAUUUAUCACCUUCCCCAUCGCCGGAUAAUCUUCACUUCGCUUCGCCUAUCGGUCGAUCAAGCAAAAAUGCGAAGACGUUUGAGCGCAGAAAUCAGUCUACAAGUGUGAAUUUUCCAUCAUCUUACUUCAGGAGGACUCUAACAUCUGCCGAUUACGCUGAGCGUCGUGCAAAAUGGGAGACGUUAUCUAGAAGUGAACCGAAGAAGCGUUUUCGUUCCAUCAGUCCACCAAAAAGUCUCAUUCCUCUUCGGUCCACAAGUCUGGUGAGGCAAGCCAGUAGUGCGAUGAAGAAAAAUCAGUCAAAACUUACCGAAGAACAACCUCGUCGUUCGCGAAGCUUGGAAGUUGUCAGCUCAUCUCCAUAUAUUUCUCCUGAAAAAUACCGGCAAUAUAUUCUCGAAGUGCGAUUGGCAGCUCCUCAAAAUGUCAGAGUUUCUAAUUUAAGACGGCUGUUCUCAUCGCUCGAUCGCGUCCAACAUUUGGAAAGGUCAAUAAGCUCCACUGACUUGUCUUUACUUGAACGAAAAGCCAGUUAUCUUCUUGGAUUCGAGGCAUGGAAAAAACUGAAAGAUAACGAACGUAAGGCUCUCGAAUACAAGCUCUUGAUAAAUGAACUUGACGUUGCUCAAUCAAACAAAGACUUCCUUUACUGCGUUUCUCCCGAAAGAAAGUGGAUAGGUGACUCAUUUCUGCGAGGAAAGAACAAAAGUGUUCAAGAAAUUCGCCGAAAAUUCUUGGAACAAAAUACAUCGCCUGAACGUUUUGAACAAAGAUCCAAAACGGAUUUCAUUUACUCCUCUGGAGUGUAUAAAGGGCUUUGGAGAGGUGAGUCGGUGAAAGAGUGCGCCAGAAAUAUUAUCAGCAAGCAGCAUCCUUCCGAGUUAAAAACAAAACUCAACAGGGAUUCAAUUGAACGGCGAUCCAUGGGACUUUGGACUAGUCUGAGUUUAGAACAAGUCAACGCGUUAAAAGAUCAGUUAAAUGAUAUUUAUGGAUCCAUGCAUAACGUCCAAUCAUGGAAAGAAAGAAAGAAACUCAGUCGCAGUCGGAGUCAAAAAGAAAGAGGUGAGACUAAUCGAGAAACGCACGAGACCGUCAACAUUGCUGCUACAGGUCGGUUGCUGACUGAAAAAUUUGCCAAACGGGCUGCGCGACCAGCCUCCGCCGACUGUUCACUUCUUACUAGCCCCGAACUGGUGCCUAGUAGCCUCUCCAAACUGACCAAUAUUGAAGCCGAACGUAAGAAACUGUCAAAGCAACUUUCACUAGAGCUGAAAGAAAAGGUUAAUGAACAACGGAAGGGUGCCGACACUAACAUAAAUCGUGUACUUGCCAAUCAUGGUAGCAGACGUACUCCCUCCAUUAGUCCGGACAGCACAUCAAGAAUGUCUCCAAGGACUUGUUAUUCAUUGGAUAUUUCGGAUUCAUCUCAGCCUUCAUCUUUAACUUCUCACGCAGACGAUCAGUUCUUCCUCCUUCUUCAAAAGCCAUUGAGAAGCCGCAGCUUACCACCCGAUUUGAAUGACGAGGACGGAGAAUCAAGUGAUUCUGACGUGUCCGUUCGAACUGUGAUUCACAAAGACGUCGCUGGAAAAGUUAAGUUUUUUGAGAAAAGAGCCCGGAAGCAGUCGAGAUCUUCUGAGCGCUACUCCUCGGUUAACAAUAGGUUGAGCCUGCCUUCGGAGCCAGAUCUGUGUCGCUUCUCAGCAACACUUCCUGCAUCCUACAAAAAACGUCAAUCUGCUCCCACCUUGUCUUCUCAUGACUUGUAUACUAGAGAAGACGUGCCAUCAUCUAAGCCUAGAGGUCGACACGAAAAUUAUUUCAUGAAGAGGAGAGUUGGGUCUGAAUCGAUGUCUACUUCAAAAGAUCACCGCUAUGGGGACUACGACGGCAGUUACUCACGUUCAUAUCUGAAAUACGUCAAAACAGGAGAUGUUUUUCGCUUACGUGACAAGUAUGAGAGCACGGAAAAAUUAUCUUACUCGGACAAACUGCGAGCAAACUCAUUGCCUAAUCUCGAGGAUACUUUAUCCCGAGUUACCCCAAAUAACAGAACAAUCGUUCGGGCUCAGGAAAAUGGCGAUGUGAGCUCCGUUCGUCAAAAAUAUGAAGUGCCCAGAAAAUCAAGAAGCCCAACUCGAUGGGUUCCUAUUCGAGACGAGUACGUACCCAAAAGUAAAAUUAAAUCCACUCUCGAGCGUCUUGGAGAAAAGUCUGAAUCUUUGUACGACCCUGCUACGAUCGAGCGUGUGAGCAAACGAGACAGCGUUGAAAAGAGCGUUCUGAAGCGAGUUCACACAGGUCUUGUUGAAACUAAAGUUGGGAGAAUCGAGUCCAAUAUUCAUUUGAAAUCAGGACUGUCACUACUUGGGCACAUGUACACGUCUUCUCCAUCAUUGACCGAACUUUCCAACAUGGGCCCUCUCGUGCCUCCUAGGCCAUUGUCGCCUACGUCCGCGGCUCCCAAGAAACCCCUUCGUUUGCAUCAAGCAGUAACAGCUAAACCCCUUCAGACCUCUACUCCUACGGUGUCACCUCUUGAUGGUUCUUCCUUGAAGUCUGACCUCAGAGUAGUGACUCCUCCAGAAAUGAACCGUUGCUUUGCUGGCAAAAAUUUUCCUGAUUAUAAUGCUGAAAAUCAUCGACCGAAGUCUCGUUAUAUUCCACUGGACUGUCAGGGUGCUGUUUCGUGGACUCGUUCUCUUGAACGACCAAGGCGUCUAGCUCGGGCAAUCGCCCCUGCGUCUUUCAAUGGUCCAGCCGUCACGACUUGCGCAGUAAAUUCAUGCGCAACGUCGUACUUUUCUUGUACCCGUCAGAUGACUGUGCCCUCUAGCCGGCUUUCCUACAGCAGUUCUUAUUCUACCAACCCAUCUCGUAGCUCCAUUGGAAGCCAAGGAUUCAUACUACCGUACUUCGAUCAUCGGCAAGCUCAACCAAGUUCAUUGCCGUAUGUCUCACCGCCAUCGAGGGUUAGCUCCUACUCUUUCCAAGGUGAUUUACCGGAACCUGGAAAUUAUUACCAAUACCGUCCUCAAACGUCACGUUAUGAUUGUCGAUCGCUUUCUCCUCCACGUUCGUAUAGCCAGUUUUCUGACGUUCACUCCCCUGCACGAUACGGUCCCUACUCUGGGCAGCGACUACCCCAAGACUACUCGCACAACCGCAACUCGUACUUGUCAUCGGGAGAGAGAAGUUCUUAUCUAGAAGCAAAGUCUCUACCAGGAUCAGUGAUCUCUACGCCUCGUCCGAUUUCUCCACCUCGAAGUUUGUAUUCUGCUAGAGCUCCUCCGCGACCUCCUCAACGCAAGUCGGCCAGAGAAUUUGAGGCGCAAUUAACCAGAUCCCGUAAUCGCCUUCAAGCAGUUAGAGACCACAACUUCAACAAAGCUGUCACUUGGAAAGACCCAGUCAUCGGCCCCUUACCUUUCCCCUACUUAGCGGCUGGGGGAUAUGGAUUCUCACGGUCAGACUCACCUUACAAGUAUGACACGAGCGAAGUCAACAUUCACUACAAGACCCCAGUGCGACUGGAGCAGAAGGAACACAUCCCUGACGAAGAGCUUGCACGACGUCAGGAGGAGCACAUGCAACGUGUCUACGAACAGGAACGUCGCAAGAAAUACCUCGCUGAAGUCGAGGACAUCGAGAGACGGCGUCACGCCGACAACUUCACACCGCUCCAGAAGUCGCCCAUCCCCCUGAACCGCUACGAUGACGACAUAGUCACUGGUCGCCCCCCCAACAAGCAGGUGGCGCGAGCACUCUUCAGCUUCACCGCGCAGAACAAGAGGGAGCUGAGCUUCAACAAAGGCGACGUAAUCAGCGUGCGCCGGCAGAUCGAUAAGAACUGGCACGAGGGCGAGCUCCGGGGCAUCGUGGGCAUUUUCCCCUCCAACUACGUCGAGAUCCUGCCUGCUGAAAGCCUGAAGUCACAUGUGCGGAAGCCGGCUGAAGGGCAGGCGAGAGCUCGCUUUGCUUUCCAGGCGCAGACCGCCAUGGAGAUGUCGCUGUCGAAGGGAGAAACGGUCAUCCUAACACGUCGCGUUGACCAGAAUUGGUACGAAGGCCGCGUUGGCGCACGCCGUGGAAUCUUCCCCGUGUCCUAUGUGGAUGUCCUCGUCGAACCCGGCGACAAAGCCUCACCGAGCAGCUCUCCUCUACCACGCCCAGCUCUGCCAUCCACGACGGUUCUCUACAACGGCGUCGUGCCGGCCUCUGCCAGCGCUAAUUCCACCAUGAGUGGCACCAGCGCGGUGCAGCAGCAACAGACCACAACAGUCGAGUCGCGGGCCACGUACAACCAACAGCUGAGCGUUAACACACAACAGGAAUCUGUUCCAUACCGCGCUUUGUACAACUACAAACCUCAGAACGAAGACGAGCUCGAACUGAAGGAAGGCGACGUCGUCAUGGUCAUGGAGAAGUGUGACGAUGGCUGGUACGUCGGUACGUCUCGUCGCACGUCCUUGUUUGGUACCUUCCCUGGCAACUACGUCGAGCGCAUCGCGUAGGGAUACUUUGCUAAAUUAUACGUUCUAUUUUAACGUACGAACUACAUACCUUGUAGAGCUAAAAUUUAUUCCCGGGAUUUUACAAUUUUAUUUUAAUUUUUUUUAUAAUUUAUUCCCAUCGCAUCUCGUGCGAUAAUAUUCAAUGAUCUAACCUUCCUCUUAUUAAAACUUUAACAAAUUUAUUCUAUGCACGUCGCAAAAAUUUCUGGUUAAAUGGUUGAGAAUAUGAAUUCCUGGUUAUAAAGUAAUUCUGAAACGGGCAAUCAUUUACCGUGAGUAAAUUUGCGGAGAGUUCGAAAUGAUUUAAAAUUACCCUAUUUUUUUUAAUUUUUAAAUAUUUCUAAAUGCUAACGAUGGCGAUCGAUCGAUCCGAAUCUGUGAUCGAUUUCGUAACGAUGACGUAUCAAAUUCUUUCGACGUUUCCUUGCACGUUAAAUAGAUAGAACAUAACUUUGUGCGACGUGUCAGUUCAAUAAUUCUGCAGGGGAUCUAAAUAUUUUAAACCAUUGUUUAAAAAUCUUGAAGGUUUUUAUUAAAGUUUCCGUUUCGUCGUUGCCAGACUCGAAGUUGUGUGUUGCCUUAGAAAAAAUGUUCAAAGUACGAAUGAGUGCGACUUGACUAAGGAACGAUUAUUAAUUAGAAAUGGUUACUUUUUCCGGGAUGCAUAUGUAAUGUCAUGAAAAUGCCGUGAAAAAUCUUGGCUUACUUAUGCUGAUUUUCUGAUUCUGUUUCAAUUUGGAGAUUCAAUUGACCGAUUUUCAAAUAAAUAUAAAUGUCAUUUUAUAAAUGUUGUGUGGC